AUGCCUCCAGAUAAAAUAAAAUGUUUGGUCGAAAACUUCUGUAAGCGGUUGUUUAAAUCGAAUUUGGUAGAAGAAAUUUCUUGUGAUCCGAAUAUGCCUUUGUAUGGUAUGCGAUUGGUAUGUUCUAGACAUAUUUCACGUCGGAAUUUGUCCAGUUUGCCAGAGACUUUCAAGGCUUUUAAAUUUAUCAGUCGUGUAAUCUCAUAUAUUGAUGAUGUGACGGGUGCUACAGAAAUUCGUGAAGCUCAUGCAACAUUGAAACAGAACGAAAAAAAACUGCAAGAUGCUCAGGCUUUACGACGUAAAAAACGUGAUGAGUUAGAUGCUUUACAAAUUCGGAUGAAAGAGAUACACAGUGAACUGGAUAGAUUUUCUCGUGGAGAUGACAAGUAUUUACGUUUGUUAACUGAAGAACAUGCAAUCAUAAAAAGUGAGCAACUUUUAAUUGCUGACGUGAGAAAGGCGGAUGAAGCCGAAAAAGCUGCAUUUGAUGAAUUGUCAAGCACUCUUCGGACUAGUCGCGCAAACGAACAGGAACAAUCGGAUCGAGUAAAAACGUGGACAGUUAUAGGUUCCACAUGCGGUGCUUUAUUUGGAAUUAUUGGCGCUUGGGUGGCAAAUGAAGUUAGGAUGCGUAAAAUGAAAGAGCUUAUACCAGACUCUGCGUUGUUGACACCAUUGAUAAAAAAGAUGACGGCAUUAUUUGAGAAACAGCAAAAUGAGGUGGCUGCAUUUAUCACGGACAUUAGAGAAGCAAUGCACUUGAAAGCUCCCGAAGGGAUAGCAAUUACUACCCAAAACAAAGGCGUGACUGAUAACGUACUGUCCGAUACGAUUGUCAACCUUCUACAGGAGCAGAAUAAAGUUUUAAGAAAGGAACUUGAUGCAGUAAAACGCUUGAUUGCAAUAGAGCUGAAUUUGAAAGCGGAAACACCAAAUGUAGUCUACAUUGGCAAUGAUAUGGAGGAACUCCUUAGUAAAUCAGAGAAAAAUAUUGAAUCCAAAAUGAAAUUGCAGACGCUUGUCGAAGUGGUUUUUCUAUAUACUCUUGUAGUCGUCUCCUUACCAUUAAUCUAUGCCUUCAUUAAAGGACCUUAG